CACUGUUUGUCCCUCUCGCUUGCUGUAGUCCACACGGCGCGAUUAACUGAAAAAGCAACCUAAAAAAGUGUCACAACAACUCAGCAUGCACUUUUAUCUUGUUGUUUGGAAACACAAAGGACUAUAAUUGACCACACUACGCAGGACACAAUACAAGUGGUUUCCCCGUGUUGAAGAUGUGCUCUCUGGCGCUGUUCCCCGCUCCUCUGCCCGCCGGACAGAGCACUUUGUGCGAGUCCAACAACGAGCUGCUGUCCGGAGGAGGCUCCACGGAACACCGACUCAAACAGGAGUCGAGUCCUCUGAGUUUGUAUUUCCCCCGAGAGUCUCUGAAGCUCCACUGUCGCACAGAAAGCAGCAGUAAGGCAGCCUUCCUGGACCACUCUGAAACACUGUGGAUGAGGAGCGCAGCAGCAUGGCGGGAUGGUGGUUUCACAGGGCUACUGGACGAAAUUACCAACUCAAAUACAGAAGUGCCUAAAUGGAUGUCAGUGAGUUCUGGCUUCACGCUGGCGUUGAUCCGGUGGUUCUCCUCCUUCCACGGCUCCCUGUUUCCUCAUCUCACAAUGAGCAGUGAGGACAUGCUGGCUGAGUUUUCACAAGUGCUCAACUGGUCGGACUGUGUGGUGCGAGCCUUCGCCUGGCACCCCCACGCAGAUAAGUUUGCUCUAGCCCUGCUGGACGACUCCAUUAAGAUCUACAACCCCAAAAGGUAG